GUCAACAACAUAAAAUUCAUCGACAAAUAUUCCACAUUCAGCAUUCAGUGAUCAAAAUGAUAAGUAAAAAUAUGAUAAGACGUUAAAAAUGUAAUGCUUUGUAGAUCUAUUGCAUGUAGAAGUUGAUGAAGGCAGCGGUAUCAUGGAAGAACUUGACAGUGGCCAAGCGAAGAUAAUGGAAACAGGAGUAGUUGCUGAAAGCUGCAGUACCAUAAGAGAACUAGACAGUGGACAAACGAUAAUAAUGGAAACAGGAGAAGUUGAUGAAGACAGCGGCAUCAUGGAAGAACUUGACAGUGGUCAAACGAAGAUAAUGGAAACAGGAGCAGAUGAUGAUGGCAGCGAUAUCAAGGAGGAACUUGACAACGGAAAAACAAAUAUAAUGGAAACAGGAGUAUUUCCCGAAGAGAUACCAAGGUCUAAAAGAGAGAUAUCCCGGUUUGAACCAAUCACAUCAGAACAGCUUAAAAACCUGUUGGAAUGUUUUAAAGUGGAGUUUCCGGAAAGUCCAGAUCCUUAUAGGGAGUCCUUUGUUCGGCAAAUUAUACAGGGUGGCAUGCUUAGAAAAUUAGUGACUGCUGUUCAAUCUCUUUCAAAAGGGAUUGUACUCACAGAAAACAUCUCUACAAAACGACACGACUUGCCAACUGUUGAAGCUUGUGUGCUUAAAAUAGAUGUUGUAUACGACGGCGACCAGUUUUGUGCAUCUAGAACGGAUGCCUCUUCAAAUGAGUUUUUUAAUGUGAUUGAGGAUACCAUUACCAGAGUCAUUUUGAUUAAAAGCAAAUCUCUUCCAGUGGUUGACGCUAAACUAACAGUUUACAAAAAAUACAAACAUUUAAUUGACAAGCAAAAAAUCAUUUUACAACAUGAAUACGAAGAAUUUGAUGAUGUGGCAAAAUUUAUAGCCUACCAAAUGAUAUCGUUGUAUUGUACUUUUGUUGAGUCAGUGAUAAACGCUUUUACAAUGGAUCUGCCGAAGAUGAUUUCAGAUUGUCCUGUCGAAUUGCUGACUGUGGGGAAAAUAAAACAACUUUGUUUAGAAGUUUUUGAAACAAUUGAAGACAAAGAUGUUUUGUCAACGGAUAGUAAUAGAGAUUGGAGACGAUCCUUGGCCGCUGCAAUCGAAACAAAAAUGGGAAAACAAGUACCGGUUGUCGCUAAUGCAUCGUUAGUUAAUAAUAUCUGUCGGAGAACAAUAAAGGACUUAAAUUUUGUUUUAAAUGAACUUGAGAGAUUUCGAACUUUCGUGCACCCAGCUGACCAAAACAGACAGAUUGAAGAAUGGCUGAAAAGGGAAGUCGUCCGCGACAAAUCUGUUUUGCAAAAUCAUCCAUCCAUUUUGAAAUACAUAACUGGAUAUAGAGAUUUUGUUGCUAAAAAACAAGUUGUAAAAGUUUUCCUAAAUUGUGAGGAUAAAGAUUCACAAUUUAAAAAAGAGAUAUUUUUAAAGAGCUGUUGUUUUUUUUCAAAGGACAUACAGUUUGAAUUUGUAAAUGUUGAAAAAUCCAAAGAUAGAAAUAAAGAAGUUGAAAAAUUAAGAAUUCUUGAAAGAAAAGCCCCUGCGGCUGACACUUCAACUAGAAAACAAUUAAAGCAAAUAAUUCAAGAUCACGGAAAGAAAAUUUAUGCACUUUAUUCAAAUGUCGUCGGUAUUCAAAUCGGCAAAGCGAGACGAGUUGGGAAUUUGAUUCAAGAGGAACCUUGUAUAAUUUUGUACUGUUUAGACAAAUGUCUAAUUCCAUUUGGUGAAAAACCACUACCGGAGUCCAUUGAAGGAUGGCCUUGUGACAUACGGGAAGACUUUGUAAGAUUCGGACGAUGUCCUAAAAACUGUCCCGCACAAAAUCCAAUCCUUCCAGACCCUGGUUGUAGUAUUGGGAUAAAAUCAGACGGCAGUUCAGGAUCUGCUGGAUUCUUAUAUGCAUCUAGAGAACCAAAUAAUGAUUUAGGAGAUGGAAUUUUUACGGCAGCACAUGUUGCUGUUAAAGAUCUUGGAAAAUUGUACCCCGACAAAUCUUUUACAAUGGCUCAUCUUUGUCCUGAAGUCAAUAUUAUAGAACAUCGAUCAGAUAAAAAACUUGGAAAUAAAUACUAUAGAGUUGGAACAGUUGUAGAGGCAUUUUUCGGAAAACAUGAAAAUAUAGAUUUGGAUUUUGCAGUCGUAAAUAUCAUCGGAAGUAGAAAUGGAGAAAAAGAGAUAUUAACUGUUGCUACGGAAGACGAUUUGAUACUUGGCGAAGACAUUGUGACCAAAAGAGGGAUGACAACAGGAACAACAUAUGGAUAUCUUAUGGACGACAGUCUGUCACUAAACAUGGAGGUUUCGGGGGUAUAUUUUGAAUGUUACAAUUGUUAUGUUAUAGAAAACAUCAAUGAUGACGAUCCCUUUUUUCUUGAAGGAGAUUCUGGUUCAGGCGUUUAUGUAAUAGACAAAGACAAAAGAAAACCAAAUAAACCAUUAGGCAUUGCUUUUGCAUUCAAAAAUUGGCAAACGGCUGUUUGUAAUAUUAGCAAGAUAGUCAAUCAACUCGGUUUACAAAUAGUCAGAGUUGCUAAAAAUAAAGAUGAGUCAACAUCUUCAUAGACAUUGAAAAUAUCCACAGGAAAAACUUUCAUGAUUUCAUCAUGCCAAUGAUAUCGAAAAAAUACAUUUAAAAUAUAUUGAAUCUGCUAUUGUGGCCAAAAAACACUGGUUUACUAUUUAACGGGAAGACUAUCAACGGGAAUGUUAUAAAUGUGUUUUUUUUUUGUUAAUCGCUACAAAACCAUAAUUCAUGUACAUUUAUAAUCUAUAAAUAUAUAAUAUAUAUGAUAAUUGUGAAAUAAUUAUAUCACCUGCCAAUUACUUUGUAAGCACAUAAAAAUAUCCAUGUAAAUUAUAUAACUAAAUUAGAUAAAAUCAUUUCAAAAGUAUUGUAAGAAUUGAGAUUGAAAUGUCUUACUGUUAU